AUGCUUCGAAGCGGGAAAGUUGAAAGGCCCGGGCACGGGUCGGGGUCCUUGGCACGUGGCCGGGCCGACGUUUCGCGGAUUUCGCGGGCCUGCAGCGUCGCGGCGAAGGAGGAGAAGUGGGCGGAGUCCCGGGGAAGUUGACACUUUGGCCCGAGCAGCCUCAGACGAAGAUGUCGAACGUUUCUGUGCGGUUGACCGAGGCCCAAGACUCCCUUUGGAGGCAGUUCCAUCGCCAUACGACGGAGAUGGUCGUCACCAAGUCCGGAAGGUUCGUUUUCUGUCUACUGUAGUUCUUUGGGAUACUGUACCGUGUUCUUGAACCUUUUUUUGAUUCAUUUUUGAACAUUUUUUGUGUCUUGAAGUUUUUUCUCGGGUACCGUAAACUAACCAAGGAAUAGCCUUUGGACGCAGUGGGACUUCUGAAUGAGACCAGCUGUUCUAGAUGUAGUUUUUCAUGCUGAUUCCAAAUCUGGUCUCAAAAUUUGCCCAAUACAUCUGCGAAAAAAGUUAUGGACCCUCAAAAAUCCGAUAUUCACUUCUCUAAUUGGUGAGUUCGAAGCACCUUUUUUCCCGCUUGGAAAUUUUUUUAGAGCCUUUAAGUUUUUCUCGAGGAUACUGUACCGAAAAAUCUUAUUCUUGAAGCUUUUUUGGAUUUUUUUUUUUGAAGGUUUAAAGUUUUUCUCGGCUUUUUUGCACAGUUACGAAAUUUUUUUCCUGUGAUGCUGUACCGCAAAAUUCUAGUUUCGAAGCUUCUCUUUAACUUUUUUUAUUUAUUGUUAAAAUUUUUUUGUCGAGAUCUUAAAUUUUUUUCUCUAGGUUUUAAGUAUUUCUUGGUGAUACUGUACAGAAGAACGCUAUUCUUAAAGCUUAUUUUGAUUCUUUUUUGCUUCUGUUUAAGUUUUUUCGAGCCCUGCACUUUUUUUGCUUCUAUUAAACCAUUUUCGAGUCUUGAACGUUUUUUUCUAAUUUUCGAAAACUUUUUUAGUUAAUCCUCUUUCAGAAAUUUUGAUUAAUUUAUUCAUAGCUUCAUUUUAGUUCCUUUUAAAAUAAUGAGUCUUACUCAAGUCUCUGAAUUACUAUGCAAAACAUUUGAAAAGUAACUGAUUGAACUUUCGGUAUCUCUAGUGGAUUAUGAAAGAAAUCUUUUUUUAUUUUUAAAGUUUUUUUGAGGUUUUUUUGAGAAUCCUCAGCAUACACUGUUGCAUAUGAAAUCAUACUGUAUUAUGGUAGAAAAAUGAUUUUAAAAAAAGAAUUUUUGUGCUUAAUAUAAUUUUUUUAAAGAAUCAAUUUAUCAUCAUUUCAAGUAUAGUUGAUGUUUCACCAUCUAUAUUUAUUGAAAUUUGUUCAUUUUAAACCAAUCCAUCGACUUUUCGCUUCAGGCUAUGUUUUAUAAAGUAUGGUGGGAAUGAAAAUGGCAUAAUUCCCUGUUUUCCUUCUUUUCAUUAUGAUAAAAAUUCUCUAUAGACUCGGUAACUCGUAAAAAAAUAAAACUUAACUAUUUUUCAACCGAGUUUUUUUGAAAUUCGAUCCUUUUUUUCUUAUUUUUUUAAGUCAGAUUAAUCAAUUUCAAAAGCUUUCAAAAUGAAAUUUAACUUCAAAUUCCAGAAAAAUGUUCCCGAAACUCGAAUACGUCCUGAGCGGCUUGAAUCCGGACUCCUGUUACGCCUUGGUCCUUAAGGUUCAUCAGGUCGACGACCUCAGGUAAUUCAAAAGAUCCAAAUCUUUAAAAAACGACCAUUUUUUCCCAAGCCAUAAAAGUAAGUUGCCCAUACUGAUUAGCGUGCCUGUGGCCGUCGCUCCACGACACCUCACCUUUUUAUUUGAAUUUACAACCGUCUAAAGUAGAAGUGAGUACAAAAUAGUAUAAACUAGGUGAUUGACGGGUAUCAGUUGUAAAAAUAAAGGUUUAUGGGUAAUUAUAACACUCUUUUUCUUUUUUUAAAGAAUUUUAUCGGAAUUUUUUUCAAUUUUCUCGUUGUUUCUUAUGUUUACAGUUUUGAAAAUUCGGAGGACUUUUGGAAAAAAGCCUCAAAGACACCUUUUUUAAAGAUCCAACUUGGUUUCUGCUCUUCAAAAAGCUUCAAAAUCGUUAAUUUUAAUAGCCCUUUUUAUUUUCAAAAGUUUUAUUAAUAGUGAUCAUUGACAGCUUUUGAAUUGUUUUUCCUUUGUCAAACCUCGACGAAUCAUUUUUCCUUGACAGGUACAAGUUCUCGGGUGGCGAAUGGGUGUCGUCUGGACGCGGAGAGUCGCCAGCAGAGCCCAAGAAGGUCAUCCACGCCGACGGAGCAAUGUCCGGCAGGUAAACCACACCUGUUGAUCAGCGGAGGGAGAAGGGAUUUUGAUAUUUACCAAAGGAAAUUAGAAAUAUAUGAUUUACUGAUGAUACAAGGAGUAGGUCUGAAACAGUGUUUUGGAGAAAGUUUCAUGAAAAAUUUGCAAUUUUCACGGGCAAAGUUCAAUAGGUCUCAAAAAGAAGAAUCUACAGCUCAUUUUUAAGUUCCAUGAAGAUGUCCUCUGAAUUUUUUUAAACCUUUUUUCCGCCCUCUUCUCCUUCCUUUUUACCCCUUAAACGGUUAAAUAAGUGAGCUUGUAGGUUUUUUUAAGGCCUUUCUUUCCAAAAGCUUCUUUUAUCUCCUUCUCAGCUUUUCCCAUGCUUUAGAUGUUCAAUGAAUCAUUCCAACUAGAUCAAAACGAAAUAGGAAUAAAUAAAAUCUUUUACUGUUUCAAGAAGGAUUCAACACAUUUUUCUGAGUUUUCUUUCUAAUUUGUGUUGGACUCGAAAUGUAUGAGAAAAAUGUAUAAGUUCAGAUUUUUUUUCCAUCAUUUUUUGAAAGCUCUUGAAUGAACUUUUAUUAAAUAAAAAUGGAAAUGGGUGGUUUUAGUUUUCAAACUUUCAUUUAUAAUUCCUUAGGUAGGCCUGUUAGGAUUUUUUUCUUAUAAAUUUUUUUAGAUAAGUUCCAAGUUUUUUUCCUUCAACUUCUUUUUUUAUAAAUUUUUCAGUUUUGAAAUGGUUACUAACAGAGAAAACGCAAAAAAGGUGGAAUCUAUCUAAUUUUAUUAUGUUUUUAUAGUGAAAUGAACCCAAAUACCGUUCAUUUCUGUCCGGCCAACCUAUUUUAAGAAAAUCCUGCCAAAGAAUCGCAUUUUUUCCCAUUUUUUUAAGGCUCUUUUGUCAUGAAACCAUCUAUAAAACCCUUAUUUCGAGUCUUAGUGGCCACUAUAGCGUUUUUUGCAAUCUAGUAGUACCAAACAGACUUCUAAAGAGGCCACUAAGUUUCAGCCACCUGAGGGACUUGUAAUUCGGCUACUAUAGUGGCCACUAAACCGUCAAGACCCUAUAGUGGCCAUUAAAAAUUUCACCAGUAACAGGCAAAAAAUCUUGAUUCUUCACGAUAAUGUUGAAGCUCAGGAGAUUCAGAAGACACUGUAAUUUUCGUGUUUUUUGGAAUAUUGGUUACGGUAGUGGCUGUCGUCGUGGGAACCGGAGUUUUUCUGACUUUACCCAGCUUUUUUCGCAGCUUCUCUAUAACUUCCCCCGAAUUUAAAAAAAAUUUUUUUCCGUUGUGUACUCAUAUUCUUUUCCAGACAAUGGAUGUCGAGCACGGUGAACUUCGAACGGGUCAAAAUCACGAAUAAUCCCAACGACACCUGUCAGUCUCAUGUAAGUUUUGUAAGGUUCUUAUUUUUGGAACCUUUUUCCGGUUGUAAAUAAAUUGUUCACGCGACGCUAGGUGUCAUUUUGUGCCUUUGGGAAACUAAAUACAGAUUCCAGGGCCACCUUUUCACAACUUUCUAGGAGACGGUUUUUUGGAGUUAUUGAUCAUCUUUGACGCAAGAAAUAUUGGAAAUUUUAAUGCUCUGCUUUAUUUUAUAUAUAGGUUUUUUGAAGCUGUGAAUCUCCUCAAGUUGAUUAUAUUUUCAGACCUUUCAUUUUUUUGAAAAAAAAUAGUAUAUUUUUUAUGAAUUUUUUUGUCGCUCGCGUGGCAAUGAUUAGGUGUAAAAUUUGAAAUUCAUGAGUUUACUGUAGCAAUCGAUAAUUUUAAAACUAAAAAGGCCUCUUUACUACUCGUGUGCCUUUAGUGUAUUAAAAAUAGUAACCGAUUUUUUUUAAUUUCCGAAUUUUCUAGUUCUUAGUUAAAUUUUUGGAAAAGAGAUCGAUUUUUAUAAAGUUUGUUCAUUUUCAAGUUUUUUAGUUGUAGUGUUUUUUUUUUCUGAAAAUCGAAUUAUAACUUUAAAAUUUUUCCGAUUUGAUUUUUUGUAGCUUCAGCUUGAAAGGUUACGGUAGGGUACUGUAUAAUAUUUCACAAAACUUUGCUAAUGCUUUUAAAGGAGCAUGAUCUCAUAAUUUUUAAGUUUCUAGAGGCGAAAAGUGUUUUUAGUGUUACUUUUAGGGCGUAAAAAAAUAUUUGGGUCUUUGAAAAAAAUGAUAGUUUUAAAAAAAUCAAAGUUUAUAGAAAAAAAUAUCUUCUUUUUCUUUCUGAAGUACUAGAAAAAAGACUAAAAAGCUGAACUCGGGUUACGGUAGCUCAAUGAAAGUUAAUAUAUCUUUGAAGUUAUGGAAAAGAUUGAAAAAAGCUAGAAUCGGAUUACGGUAGCUCAAUAAAGAUCAAUAUCUCUUCAAAGUACGGAAAGAAAGCUAAAAAGCUAGAUUGGGAUUACGGUAGCCGCCCCAUAAAUAGACAGAUGUGCACCUCCUCUCUAUAGACUUGUCAAAAGGGAGGUCAAAGGCCGAUUGUUAUUUGUAAGCAAGUCGGGCGGCGCCGAUCCUUAUCACCGACUCGCUUGGUUACUGUGUCGCAAUUGCGUAAAGAUUUUCGUGGCGUUUCCGUCCGUCAUGGCUGUCAGACGGGCGGCCCGAUCCGCCGCUGCAGAUAACUCGAGCCGCCGUCAGACCUCAUUGUUGCAGAUCUUCCUCCAGUCCAUGCACAAGUACAUCCCCCAGUUGGAAGUCUUCGAACUCGCCGCCACGAGUCCGCCCUUCGUCACGCCUACGCAGUCUUCCGUCCCGGUUCGUUGGGGAAUGAUGAAUGAUUAAGUGAUAAAGAAGGAAGAAUCGGUUCAAAAAUGGAUAUUGAGUAUAUUCAAAAAAACUUUACUUACAAGAGAAAAUUUUUCAACCCCCCGUUGAAGAGCGUUUUUUUCACACUCCCCCCUUUUGAAGAACGUUUGGAAAAUGGAUAUUGAGAACCUUCAAAAACUUAACUUACUUGAGAAAAUUUUUCGGCCCCCCCCCCCGAUCGAACUUUGAUGAUGACACUUCGCUGAAGUGUACUUUAGGGCCUCCUGAUCCCAGGACAAGAAAAAAAUUUUCGCAAUCGAUCUUUUUUUCCGAGUUAUGAAGCUUCAAAGCCCGCAAAAUACGCCAAUUAGGCCAAAAACGCGAUAUUUUCAGCGUUUGAAGCGUCCUAACUCGAUAACGAGAUCUAUUGCGAGAAAGGAAGUUUUUGUAAAGUUUUUGACAGUCCAAAAAAUUUGGGUGAUCAGGGAUUUUUUCAAAUGUAAUGGCUUGAAGAUGAAUAUCUUGAAACUAUCUUUUUUUCCCGAACUUUCUUAUUCGUAAAUAUUUUCAGAUCGCCACGAUCCGACUACCGUACACAGAGUUCAUCGCAGUCACGGCUUAUCAGGUUCGUUAAGUUUGAAAUUUCAGAAUAUGUCGUUUUUUUCUGUGAAAGUAGUACAAAUGGUUGCAAUUUUUAGUUUUACUCAUUCUUAUUUAUUAAGAUCCGUACUGACCUACAGUACCGUUAGAAAAGAUACGAAAAAACGCAACUUUGGUCAUAAUUAUCUUGUAAGAAGUUCAAUCUUCCUGAAAGUUUCUGAAGCUGCGUUUUUUUUUUGCUGUGAACCGAAACUUCAUCACAGUGUUAAAAAUAACAGUCUAGAAAGUUUCAGGAAGAUUGAAUUCCUUACAAGAAUUCGUGGCUAUUAUCACGUUUUUUCGUAUCUUUUCUGAUGGUACUGUACGUCUGCUCAGCUUUUUUUAAUUAAAGAAAUUGAGAAAAAAGACAUAUAGAUAAAAUAUUGCAGAACAACGCCGUGACGCAACUCAAAAUCGACCACAACCCGUUCGCGAAAGGCUUCCGCGAAGGCAACGAUCGGAAGAGGCCGUCGCCGUCGACGUCAUCCACCGGCGACAGUUCGCAGACGACGUCGCCCCAGCAUUCGCCAGCUCCGCCGGCAAAGCGACUCGCCGCCGAUUUGCCGCCGACGCCGACCAUCUUCUCGCCGUUCGCCAUGAACUCGCUGCUCUACGCGCCCUACUUGAACAACUACUUCUUCGCCCCUUUGCAGCACGUUCAGCACCCUUUUCCGCUCCUUCCGACGCCUUUUGCCUUCGUCAAACCUCCCACCAAAAAUGAUGAGAGCUGA